AAAGGGCUUGAGCAUGUGAGAAGUUAAUAGGCCAACAAAUGUCAAGCUAAAGUUAGAAAUCAGAAAUUCCGUGUAGACUCACAGAUCCUCUCUCAAUUUUGUCUCGCUAAGGUAACAGCCAUAGGCCAUGGGUACAUCUGCAGAAGAACCUCCAUCACCACCACCACCGUUAGAGUGGGACCAAUCUUCAUCCGACGGAGAAGAACCAUCACCAUCAACGUCGAUAUCAUUCGACAGGGACCGCCACGUGGCUUACCUGGAGAUGAUGUACCAGAUGCUACCCAGCUAUUACCAAUCGCAAGAGAUCAAUCGCCUCACUCUCGCCUACUUCACCAUUUCCGGCCUGGACAUCCUCGGUGCUCUCGAUCGAGUAGAUAAAGAUGCUGUGGCUAGUUGGGUUUUAUCCUUUCAAGCUCACCCUGGGGAUAAAAAUCAAUUGAACAAUGGACAAUUCUAUGGGUUCCAAGGUUCUCGAUCUUCCCAAUUCCCCUUGGGCUGUGAUGGGGUUUUGAUUCACAAUCUUAGUCAUCUGGCUAGCACAUAUUGUGCACUAGCUACACUAAAGACUGUCGGCUAUAAUUUGUCAAAUGUUGACUCCAAAUCAAUAUUGACAUCAAUGAGAAACUUGCAACAACCUGAUGGCAGUUUUCUUCCCAUCCAUAUUGGGGCAGAGACAGAUCUUCGUUUCGUAUACUGUGCUGCGGCUAUCUGUUUUAUGUUGGGGGACUGGAAUGGCAUGGAUAGGGAGAAAGCCAAGGAAUACAUCAUAAAAUGCCAAUCAUAUGAUGGUGGCUUUGGGAUGGUUCCUGGCUCAGAAUCUCAUGGUGGUGGAACUUACUGUGCAGUUGCAUCACUACGAUUGAUGGGUUUUAUGGAAGAUGACAUUCUGUCUACAAGUGGAGCAUCUUCCGUCAUAGACCUUCCAUUGUUGCUGGAAUGGUGCUUGCAGAGACAAGCAGCUGAUGGUGGUUUUCAAGGUAGACCAAACAAACCUAGUGACACAUGUUAUGCAUUUUGGGUUGGAGCAGUUUUGAGGAUUUUAGGAGGCUAUAAAUUGAUUGAUGGGAAAGCUUUACGUGAAUUUUUGAUAACUUGCCAAUCCAAGUAUGGUGGUUUUGGUAAAUUUCCAGGUGAGCUGCCCGAUAUAUACCAUUCCUACUAUGGAUGCACAGCAUUUAGUCUUUUGGAAGAACCUGGCCUUAAUUCACUCUCCUUUGAAUUGGGAAUAACAGAUGUUGCUGCCUUGGGAAUCUGACUUGAUUUUCUUCUUCUUUCUAAGGUUAAAUGUAUUGGCUCCCCACCCCUCAUCUGCUCUGUGUUAUCAAAGAUGGUUUCAUGCUACACUGCUCAAUAUUAACCAGCUUUUUGGUAAUGACAUUUACCGACUUCCUGAUGUUGGUCACAGUACAGAGUGGAUGUUUGUGAAGUCUUAUAUCAUUAUAGUGAUUCGUACUAAAUAUGUUGACCUUAAGCUGGGGGCUUAUUGAACAUAAUGACUUUUUAAGUGAUUUGCAAUGAAUUUUUGGCUUUUGGAAAGGUGAAAAAUAUUUGAGUUUGGAUCCCA